AUGGCCUCGAAAGACAUGUCGGUCAGUAGAAAAGCGGAAAAGAUGCUCGCACCCGAGUCAAAUAUCAGCAUCCAAGAAGUGAAAGGAGGCAGUCAGAGGGCCUCGAGGGUAAACACACAAGUUUUGGCCGACGUUGUGGCUGAUUUUAGUCCUAGACUGCUGCCUUUGGCCACCAAAGAAGCGCUGAUGGUGACGGAAUCAACAUCGGGAGUCUGGAUCUUGUUCACGGAUGGAGCUUCCAAUAUAAAAGUGUCCGGGCUCGGUGUAGUAUUAAUCACGCAUUUGAGAGAAACUCUGAGGCAGGCCAUAAGGAAUGUUCCCUUAACUAACAAUGAAGCAGAGUAUGAGACCUUGAUUGUAGGUCUCGAGUUAGCCCAGGGACUGGAAUCCGAGGUCAUAGAAAUCAAAUGUGAUUCCCAGCUAGUAGUAAAUCAAGUCUACGGAAUCUUCGACGCUAAAGAAGAGCGCACGCAACAAUAUGUAGUGAAAGUCCAAGAUCAACUUGCAUGA